UGUAUGAAUGAUAUGAAAAAUAUUGAUUACAUUAUAUUACAUUAUAAACAUUAUUGUCAAUAAUAUUAAAAUACUACAGGGCCUACACAGUAUAUGAAUGUAAUUUUUUGUUCUUGACAUUAACUGUGCCUGGAUGUUGUACUGUAAUGUAGGUGACCAUGCUGAGGCAAGCAAAUGGCUGUCCAGGUAUCUCAGCGGAGACUGUGACACGACAGACAUUCAGUCUGAAGAGGAGUGUACUCCUCAGCUGAAAAGAGCAAGAAGGCCAAAUCCCAGAUUUAAUUCAGACUCUGACAGCUGUGACACCCAGGAAAGACUCCCACAAGCCCCCAGAAUUCUGUAUCCAGCCUCAUCUUCCCCAAAAACAUACGAGACCCUCCAAUUUGGAUGUCUCUCUGAGGACCUCUUUCAGAAGAGUUCUGUCUCUGGCACCUUCAUGGAAGAGUUCCAAAGCCAAAGUUUGCUGGCCCCGCCAACUGGAAUACAACUCCCACAGGAGUCAUCUCCUGCAGAUGUGGCGAUGCAGAGACUCCUAACUGCUGUAAGUGAGUUGACCAAAGAAGUCAGGGACCUGCGGCAGGAGUUCAGAGAAUUCUGCCAGUCCUGCGGGUGUGGCCAGGCUGUAGCACCGGUGGGACCUCAGCCGGGGGUGUCCUUCGACUUGCCAUUGUGCAAUUUAGAGGCACUAGACCAAGCAGAGGCCGCUCUGCAAACAGAGGACAACCAGGGAGCAAUGACUGCACUCCUUGCCAAAAUUGGAGGGACCACUGUGGAGCUCAAAAUCCGGAGGAUGCUGGCAUGGACUCUCACAAAUGAGCUAGCUUCAGAAAUUAAUUGGGCUGGGAAAAAAACAAAGAUCCAUCCAAACAGAAGCGCCCUUUCAGAGAGCUGGCUCUCUCCAAGUGCAUGUUUGAUGCUCUUAUUCUGGAGGGAGGAACAGCCACACAGUUUGAGUUUGCACAGGUGGUGCAGAAGUGGCUGCGCUAUGCACCAGAUAGGGCAGGGGGGACUGGACGCUCUAAAUUGCCUAUGCAACCGACCUCUUGAGACUGUUCUUCUCUUUUGUUCUUCUUGUUCUUCUCAUUGGUUGCUGUAGAAAUAUUUCUGGAAUUCUUGAAUAAGUUGGUGGAGGGAAGGUGGGACAUCACACACAUCACACAAGACAACGCACGCACGCACACACGCACGCACGCACGCAGGCGCACACACACACACACACACACACACACACACACACACACACACACUCCUGAAGUUGUUCCUUUUUCGUUCGUUUGUUUGUUUUGUUAAAAAAUGUAAUUAGCAUAAAUUGUAAUAAAAGUUCUUUUGUAUUUUAAAGUCAUCUGCUGUAAUCACUUUACUCUACCGUAAAAUGUUUUCAUCACCUUUUCCACAUCCUGGCUAUAGAUAAGGCAGCGCUUUUACCAUUUAAAUUUAAAUUGAAACCACAUUGAUUUAUAGUUGAGUAGAAAUGUCAACGUUGUUUCAAUGUUCCUGAUGGUUGAAAUACCAUUGAAAUACCAUUGGUCUGUGGUCAGAAUUUCAAUGUUGUUUCAAUAUUAAAAAAUGGUGCAACAUGAUGUUGAAUCAACAUCAGAUUUCAACAUUGAUUCAAUGACUUAUAGUUGAAAAAAUAACAUUGAUUCAAUAUAGUUUCAAUAACUGCUUGCUGUCUUGGCAACGUUGUUUCAAUGUUCCUGAUGGUUGAAAUACCAUUGAAAUACCAUUGGUCUGUGGUCAGAAUUUCAAUGUUGUUUCAAUAUUAAAAAAUGGUGCAACAUGAUGUUGAAUCAACAUCAGAUUUCAACGUUGAUUCAAUGACUUAUAGUUGAAAAAAUAACAUUGAUUCAAUAUAGUUUCAAUAACUGCGUGCUGUCUGGGUGUAUCCUUUGUCCACUUUGGAACGGGAUGUAGGACAAUGUCUCUCGGUUAAUCUGUAAACACCUUUAAAAGUACUGUUGCUAGGUUUAAGAGAGAUUCCGUAAACAGAGUAAACUUGUGGGAUACAGGCCCACGGAAGUCAGAAUGAUUUCCACUUACCCUUGUGUCACGUUCAUGCUCAAGAUCCAGGAAUUGGCUGUAUGGUUCCGGUGUGUACGUGAAAGUCCGCGAAGAAGAAGAAGAAGAAGCAGCAGCAGUAUAUCAGUGUCUUUGUUUUAAAAACGUUUCACCAUAGCCGUUUUCAUUUUUUGUGUCUCCGGUAAGUGUUGUUUUGUUUAUGGCAAAUAUACUAAAGGUGCGUUCACAGGAGUCAGCGUUCUGAGUCGCUUGAACAUAUUUCCUCCAGUCGUAAUUUUAAGUACGUGGGCAACACCAUGCUAACGCUAGCCAAUAUAACGAGGCCACCACGUGCAAGUGGACAUUGGUCAAAUAGAAGAAAUAUUGGCCUGUAUGGCGCUUUGAUAGACGCAUCGGCAGGUUAUCCUUUAUUACACCAAUACAUGGGCAUAACGGACGCGGGGUACGCGUGGGACAUGUCCCCCGCACUUUUUUCAGCCGUUACAACAGCUAAACCCGUUAUUAGAAUCCAGUUACGUGUUUUCCCGAGCCGUCUUUGAAUGCACCAUGAGCGCAUGCUAACGCAGGUGUUCCACAGGAGAAGUGCUGCUGUGCUGAGCAGUGCUGAACGUACGUCUGGAGUAAUGUUUAGCAAACCAGCCAGAGCCAGCAAGAAACAAAAAACUUUACACAAUUCUUUCCAAACAAACCGUGUAAGUUGUGUGACCUUGUUGGAUGCAAACAAUGUUAGACUUGUUAGCUAAAUGAUGACAAGGUAAAACGUGGCAAUAUAUCAAUAUGUUAAGCUAUUUAAUAAUUUAAAUGUGGUUGCCUCUGUUACAUUACUGCUAAUUAGUUUAUUCUUGGAAUAAACCCAGUCCUCUUUCAUUUCUGGGCAGAAGAUGUGUUCACAAUUGCUCUCCAUGUAUUUAAGUCUUUUGGUCCCAAAAGAGGAGAGUCAGGGAGGAGAAAAAAGAAUAGGCUAUCUAUGGUAUAAAAGUGGUUAAAUUUACAACUAUUUUUACUGCUUCUCUUUCUUUUUUUUUCUUUUUUUUUGUCUGCAUUUAUUCUCAUUGUUUAACUCCAUGAAAGGGGUGUCAACACUUUAUGAGAUUAAUGCAUAUUUUAGUCUUGCAGCCAAAUAUCUUAUUAUUUGGUGCAUGCGUGUGACCAUCACCAGCCCUCCCUGAAAGCUAAGCUGACACUUUUUAUUACAUUACCCUGUUUAAGAGCCAGGGAGGGCAGUGCUACACCUCAGUGGUGAUGUGAGGGGAAACAAAGGGGUGGACAGGACGAGAGGGGAUGGACAGGGACAGGGUCUAGCAAGCAAUGCUAUUACAUCUGAAGAAUAUCAGGUGUUGUGCUAUUCCCAACUAAUAAUUACCCAUCAAUAAGACAAAAAAGCAAACACAUACACAAGAGAACAGAAAACCAAACAAACAAUAAAUAAAUAAAUAAAUGAAAGAAUAAUUAGCCAGACAGUACUAAACACCAUAGUUGUGGGUGUCAUGUUAGUAUAGAGUGGAAUAGGCCAGAUGAUACUAGAGGAAGAUACUAGAGAAAAGGAGAGAGGGUUUAGUUUGAGAUUAGACUCUGGAGAGAGUCUCAGCACAUUCCGGCGGGUCCCAUCACUGCUCAACAGCGGAACUCGACAGGAGCUGGUGGGACCUGAGCAAACAUGCACAUGCAAGUGUGAAAGACCCCGAAGCCCAGAACAGCCAUCACAGCAGUGCAGUGCUAAGCCGACAGGGCACCCCCCCACAGGCCGAGGAGCCACGGGGCAGCGCCCCCAGAGAGCAACCGGGGCCACCAUGUACCACACGGACCCCGAAGACAAGAGGGCGAAGCUACCAACACCCCCAGCACGCCGGAACCGGCCCAGGCAGCCCGGGGCAAGCGGACCCACCCGCCACCCAAACCCCAACCCCGCCCGCCCCAGCCCCCACCAAACCCCCACAC